UUGUAAUGUAUACAUGUAAGGAUAACCUGACCCCCUUGCUGUACAGUGGGAAAAUAAAAAAAUUAAAAAAUAAAUAAAAAAAGAAUAGAAUCUGUGCUAGACAUAGGGGAUGUGACCAGAAACCUUUGCAUGAACCCAAAGGAACACCAUUCUCUUUGAAAGGACUGAUAGACUUGUGCCCGGGAAAGACAUUGCAUAGAGAUGGGGUCCAAGCUCCCCCAGGAGAGCUUCCUUGCAUGGAACAGAAAUGCAGGACAAGCAGAGAAACGGACAUGAGCUCAGGCUAAGGUCUCCAUCCUGAGCAAUAGCGAGGACAAGCUUGCUUUAAGAAGUUGUCCCACCUGUGAAGAAAACGUGUCAUCUGUUAACAAAUUACAAAUGCUGGAGUGGGUGUGGCAAAAUAGGGCCCCUCCUGCACUGUUGGUGGGAAUGUAAAGUGGUACAACCAGCAUGGAAAGCAGAAUGGUGGUACCUCAGGAAAGUAAAUCUAGAGCUAGCAUAGGAUGCAGCCAUUCCAGUGCUGGGCGUACAUCCAGACAAAACUUUCAUCAGAACACAUCCCUGCACCCCUAUGUUCAUAGCAGCACUAUUCCCAAUAGCCAGGACAUGGCAACAACCUCAGUGUCCAUGAACACAUGAAUGGAUUAAGAAGAUGUGGUAACAGAUACAGUGGAAUAGUACUCAGCCUUAAAGAAGACAAAGGAAUGUGAUUUGCAUCAAAAUGGAUGGACCUAGAGACUCAUACUAAGUGAGGUAAUUCAGAAAGAAGAAGACAAGUACUGUAUGAUGUCCCUUAUGUGUGGAAACUGAAAUAUGGAACAGAUGAUCCUAUCAAAAUAUCAGAAAGAGACAAAGAAACAAGAAGCAGAAACAGAUGAUGGACAAGAAGAGCAGACUUUGGGGUUCCCAAGGGGGAAAGGGCCUGGAGUGUGAUGGGUGGGCCUUUGGGUUUUUUUGUGGUAUCUGGAAUGGAUGGGCAAUGGGAUCCUAUUGUAGAGCCCAGGGCAAUGUGUGUGAUUGGGUCACGUUGCUGUACAGCAGACCUUGGGGAGACAUUGUAAAUGAACUCUGAUUUCAUAGCAAUAAGAAUAAAAGUAACUCAAAGCAAAGAAAAGGUGUCUUCUCAUUGCUGGUGGGAGAUGGCUAUUGCAAAUUUAGCCCAUUGGUUAUUUAGAGUUGAAGCCACAUGAGCUACUUGGAGGAAAACAUUCCUUCCCAGGGAGCAUUUUCUUCUUGACAGGUUCCUAGGGGGAUGGUGGAUGUGACUGUUGAGGUUGAAGCACAUGGGACAAGGACAUCUGGAAAGACGCUGACCAAGGAUUGACUAUCAUGCCUGCUUACAUCAAUCUGUGCUGUUGGCAGGGUGGUGGCAAAGGUUGUGUGGACAUGAGACCUGGAGAGGAGACCGAACUCCUUUGCCACACCCCUCCCCGAACAUUGCUGCUGCCGCCGCCAGGUUUUUCCUACCACCAGCCCUUUCUCAGCAGAAUGGCUCCUCACAGUAGGGGCUGGUGCCAUCUUGAGGUCAGCCCAUCUACUUCAGAUGCCUCACUGAAUUUCUCUGGCUUUACCGACUUUGCCUCGUGCGUUCCUCCCUCGACAGAGCGAACAUAUAUGAUGGAAUAGUUUCAUUGUUUUGCAUCGUGUGGUCCUCUGAGAGUGGAUCCUCCCUCCUGGAAAGUGAAACCUUCUUGGUUCUGAUCAACAGAGGCACCAGAGCCUGUGUGACUCACAGGAGCAAAUCAAGCAGAGGUGGUUGGCCUGGUGGUCUUGGUUUAGGUGCUGUUGCCCCAAGUAGAUGUCAGCUUUCUUUGUGGCCUGUAGGCAGGAUGGAGCCGAGGUGCACCUGGAGGCUCCCAGCUGGUGGGGUCGUUGCAGAGGAGAGGAGCUGUCCUGGGAGUGAGGUGGUGGCUCUGGGCAGCUGGUGUGGAGGUGUGUGGAGUGAGACCUGCUCAAAAGGCUGUUUCUUGCUGUCUGUACAUUCCCUGCUGUUUGCCUGCUUCACUCACCGCUCCCAUGCCAGACCUGACCACCUGCUUGCCCUCAGCUUCAGCUAAUGGCUCUUCUAGCUUUAGAGCCAACCCUCCCCUGUUCUUGCAGGUGGGGCUGUGAGGGGCGUGCCCCUCUCCUGGUUUUGUCUGGUAAGCAGUGAGCCAACCUGAUGUCAAUUUCCUCUCCAACUGGUAAUCUCCCCCUCCCGUGGAGGGAGGCCUGGGAUCGAAUUCUUCUCCUAGUCUGCUGAUGUGGUGGGGUUUCUUCCCAGGACCGUGCUUCAGCCAUGGAAGCCCCCAGGAUCCAGGAAGCCAUUGACGUCUCUGUCACUGACUGUGGGCUCUUUCUUCGGUCUUGAACCUGGGAAUCAGGGCUUGGAGGCCUUUGUGGCAUAGCCCACCAGGGUCAGAUCCUAUAGAGCUCUCGGAGUUGAAAUGGCAGGACUUGCUGAUUGGAUUGUGAGAGGGGAGAAUUUCGGAUGGCUGUCAGUUUCCUGUCUUUAUCGCAGGUGUCCAGGUCCACGUAUCUGUGGGUGGCAGUGCUGGUGGUAGCGUGGUUGGCUUUUCUUUCUUGGUAGUAGUUUGAAUGCCUUUUAAGAUAGCCUCUGAGUUGAUGGUGGGUAGUCAGCACCAGAAUUGGGAGUGAGGGGUUGAUCCAUUGAGAUGAUGGUUUCAAAUUUAUGGCCACACGGUCUGAAAGUUGAUAUUUAGGGUUUAUUGAGUACAUUUUGAAGUGAGAAACGAUUGGUCUGGUUUGUAAUUUUAACCAUUAAAUCAGUGGAGGUCAUUUAGGAAAUGGUGUUACCUGAGCUGUGUCUGUGUGGGUAUGGAGAAGGGAUUGACACGGAGAGACGUGAAAUGCUGGAUGUGGGUGUUACCAUGGGGUAAUUAGGGUGGUGAGUUACAAAAUAUAAUGUGUGCGGAAAAAUUCCUAGGGAAUGGGACUGGGUUAAAUCAAAUGUGGGGCAUGGUUUGUCGAAGAGCCCUUCGAGUUCACAAAUGGACACAAGAUUGGAAAUUUAGAGCUUCAAGCUUGCUGGAUUUCCUGAUUUGGAUUUAGAUCUAGUGGAAUUGUUGUAGAAGUUGAUGACUGUGGUGGAGUCAGACCCCCACUGUUGAGGAAGUGGUUGAAACUUUGAACCAUGUGUGUGUCAUGUGGGUAACUCUUGUGGUUGCUGCAGUGGGUGAGAGUGAGUGCUGUCGCCGAGUAGAAGGAAAGCUGAGGGGCGGCCCUUCCCUUGUUUCUCCAGACACCUUUGCAGCCCUGGGGCUUCCUUGCAUGGAACAUCUAUGGCAGAUUGGAGGUGAAGGUGAGCACUCUGCGAUGGUUUUUGUGGAGGUGUGGAUGUUACCCGCAUUGUUCCCCUGGGAUGGUGAACUGCCCCCACAUUCCGCUGGUGUUUCAGGGUUGUCCUUGUGCUGAGCCCCAUCUCAGGAUGGGAAGUGCUCAGCUUCAUAACCGGUUGGCCCUUUUACCCUAUGUCCUGAUGCUCCUCCUUGUGGCAGUGCCUUUCCCUUGUGGUAUCCGCUGAAAUGAAGCCAGGGCUCAGACCAGAUGGUGGCUACAUUUUGUGUAGGUCUCACAAUGCUGCGAUGAACAAACAAACAAAAAAACAAAUCAUGGUGCAGGGAAGCUGAGGCUAUGUCAGGUGUUAGGUCAAUAGGGUGGGAGAAGAGUUUGCAGACCAUAUCAGCACCUAGUGUUGUCCAAGGGGAGGGAAAUGACAUGUGGAAGUUGCAGUGGUAAGUUCUUAUCUGACUCUGAGGAGGGGGAAAUGCAGACUUAAGUGUAUUGUUGGAAGUGUAGUAUUUUGUUUUGUUUUCUGAGUGACAGUCAUGGUUCCCAUUGAGACAUAGAGGCAAGUGGAAUGUUGACAAUGUGGCUGAAGAUGAAACAGUAGCACUUGGACACCAGUUGCUGCAAGUCAUGCAUAUAAAUGUGACCCCAAAGGUGAGGUUUUCGCAGUGUGGAUCUGGCACUGGGCACAAGAAGAGCACCACACGUGUGUCUGACAUGUUUGUAUUUCUUGACCUGGGUGAUGUUGGCCUUAUAAUUCGUUAUUCCAUUUGUUUUGUUUUCUCUGUGGGUGUGUGUGCUGAUGAUAACAAGUUUGCAAAAAUCCAAGCAAGAAGAGAUAACUUCUUUCGGGUCCAAGAGGUAACAGUCUAAGUAUAUGUCAGUAGUUUCAUUUGCAAUUAUUUUAUUUCUUGUCUCUUCCUUCCCAAGUCCAAUGUGUCUUGAUGUUGAUUCUUGGAUAUAUGUUCACCUUCUUCCUGUUGCUUCUGUUUUCAUUUCACUUGAAAUCCACUGGGCAAGGAUUUUCUGCAACCAACGUCUGUCCCUGGAGCCCUGGUGUAAGUGCUUCCCUCAAGGACUCUAAUGAGAGAGGAUGCAAUGCCCCCAUCCUGCCACACAACAGGCUGAUGUCAUCUCCAGUGCAAUGUCUGUCCCUGGAGGCUCAGUCUAAGGCUGGUGAGGGCCUUAAACACCUGCCAAUGGAGGUGGUUCCAAGACGAGGGUCAGGACUGUGCAGGUGCCAUGUCCCAGACAGGCCAGAAGGGACAGACUCUUGGAAGGUCUUGAUGUAAGUACACAAAGAAUGGUCAUGACCAGAGGCCCAGAUCUCUGGUUUGAGCAGAUGUGGUGGGUGAGGUCUGGGAAGGCAGGUGCGUAACUAGUCUUCAGAUGUUACUGCUGGUUAGUAAAUAAAGGGACACCAUCUUUACAGUUCCAGGUGCCUUAGUAAUUCACUUGGACAUGAGAAAGGAGAGACAUUCACCUAGAAAUUGCAGGUGUGUCUUGGGAGAUAGGAGAUCAGCCUUGAGAUCUUGAUGGGGCUCCCAAAGCAGAGAGGGAAAGAGGAGCCCUCCAGGCCUUCUUGGGCAGAUGUGCGAAGAUGGUAUAGGAAUGGAGGCCUUUGGAAGGAGAUUUCUGGGAUGAACAGAUAUUGGCCCAAAGUCGCUCUAUCAGGAGACCAAAGGGGCAAACACCCCUGAGGUCAGUGGCUUGGUCUUUGGUCAAAAAAAGAAAGAGACAUCACUCCCUUCUCCUCCUUUUCUCCUCUGUAUAUUGAUAACCAUUGAUUUGUCAGAGAAAACGUAUACCAGUGUCUUUUAGUUUGGUUAGUUGAAGCCACGUACCUUUUAAUUAGAGUGUCCCUCCUUGAGGGCAGAGAACAUAUCUUAUUCACCACUGUAGGUGUCUUCUUCUUUGCAUGGUCAAGGAAGGUGGAGAGUGUGAGAUGGGCUAAAGGCUGCUGGUGACUUCACAAAGAGCAUCCCCAGAAAAUCUGUGUUUUCAUCUCAGCCGGUGACCAUGAGGUGACGUCUCUGGUGGUGCCCGCAGGUAUGCUUUCCUUUAACCGCACUGGGGUCAGCCACACCGUCUUCUACUUGCUGGGCAUCCCCGGCCUUGAGGACCAGCACCUGUGGAUUUCCAUCCCCUUCUUCCUUUCCUACGUCACCGCCCUGCUUGGGAACAGCCUGCUCAUCUUCAUCAUCCUCACGAGGCGCAGCCUGCAUGAACCCAUGUUCCUGUUCCUGUGCAUGCUGGCCGGGGCCGACCUGGUCCUGUCCACCUGCACAGUCCCUCAGGCCCUGGCCAUCUUCUGGUUCCGUGCUGGGGAGAUCUCCCUGGAUCGCUGCAUCACUCAGUUCUUUAUGAUCAACUGCACCUUCAUCUUUGAGUCAGGCAUCUUGCUGGUGAUGGCGUUUGACCGCUACGUUGCCAUAUGCGACCCUCUGAGAUACACCACUAUUCUGACACACACGCUGAUUGGGAAGAUCGGUGUUACCAUCUUUCUGAGAAGUUAUUGUACCGUUUUCCCCAUCAUAUUUCUUUUGAAAAGGCUGACGUUCUGCCGAAAUAAUAUCAUUCCACAUACCUGUUGUGAACACAUCGGCUUGGCCAAAUAUGCCUGUAAUGACAUUGGAGUGAACAUCUGGUAUGGAUUUUUUGUCAUAGUGUCAACACUUGUCUUAGACGUCCUGUUAAUUUUUGUGUCCUACAUGCUGAUUCUCCGUGCUGUCUUCCACAUGCCUUCCCAAGAUGCUCGUCACAAAGCUCUCAACACGUGUGGUUCCCAUGUCUGCAUCAUCAUCCUCUUUUAUGGGCCUGCCAUCUUCACCACCCUGACUCAGCGGUUUGGACGCCACAUCCCAGCUCAUAUCCACAUCUUGUUGGCCAAUGUCUGCGUGCUGGCUCCCCCGAUGCUGAAUCCCAUCAUUUAUGGGAUCAAGACCAAGGCAAUUCGAGAGCAGGUGGCUCACCUAUUUUUCCCGAAGCAGAAAUGACUUUGCAGGAGGCACAGGUUUCUGAGCAUCCAGCCCUCUGUGAUGUGGAUGAUAGAUGUUGCGUUCCCACACACGUUGAAAACUGACUACUAGAAAUAGCUCAGGGAGUUUGGUUUCCGGACGAGGUCCAGGGUAAUAAGUCUUAUUGUCUGUCUGUCUUCUUUCCCUGGCUCAUGGUGUUUUAACUCAGAAGCUCAGCCAGAGCCCUUAAGAGUAUGGAGGAGUAUUUUUCCUGUUCUCUGGAUUCCACUUUAGUGACGAGGAAGUUAACCUGAUGUUGUCAGGUGUUGUUUGAGAGUGUUUAGAACUAGAAAGUCAUGAUGUGAUUUUGGAUUUAGAAAGUGAAUGAUCCUGAUGUUGAUUGUUAGGGUUUUGGUACAUGGACUCAGACUGCAAUGAACUGGAUAGUGGCAGUGUCACUAGUGUGUCCAACAUUAAAGGCUAGUUGAUAGUUGAUGAGUUCCCUCUGCCGCACUUCUCAGUGCAGGGACUUUCGAAGAGUGAGUUUUAUUACAGCGUUUAUUCCAACUAGAUGUUAAAAAGAGCACAUGUGCUAUUUCAACUCGUUAGGGUUCCAAAAUCUCGCUUUUAAUUAAUCCUUCAACAAAUGUUUAUUGGAUGACUCUUAAGGCCUGGGUGCUGUGCUAUGCAGUAGGUAACACAGCAAGCUGAAGCACCUGCAGUACCCACCUUUCAGAUGUUUUAGUCUAAAGAGGAAGAUGAGAAUCAGGCUUUCUCACCCAUGUGUGCACUUCCAUGAGUACUUCAGGGCUUCAAAGGAAAUUUUGUUUGGUUCUGGAAGGGAGCAAGGGCUUCCUUGAUGGAAGUGAGUUCCGAUAGCUGAGGAGACCAUUGAGAAUGUGUGUGUGGAUAAGGUGGAGACAGAGAGCUCUGAAGGGAGUGAACUCAGCCUGUGCAGAGGCACUGAGGCUAGAUAACGCUUGGUACCUUCAAAGAACACAAAGAUCCCUAAUGUGCCUUUUUGACAGGUGGGAUUAGAACCCUUUCCAUUUUUUUUUAAACGAGGGGAGCCCUGGCCAUUUGUAAGCAAGGGCCCUUCUCGAUGAUUUGUGUGUUUUGGAGUGGUGUUCCUUUCUCUGUCUGCUCUGAGUCCUAUGGUGAAUGUGGCAGAGCAGUUUCAGAGGCUUGAGAGCCUAUCAGGCAGUGAAGUUUCAGAGUGUAAGACCUUUCCUUUGAGUGAUCUAAUCUGGAAGCAGAUCAAUGUGAACUUGAGCCUGAACUGUCCUGGUGUUGACUCUGUUUUGUGUAACGUCUCUGGCUUUAGUGUUGCAAGCGUGGUUGUCAGUGUAGCUGCUUUGGCAUCCUCUGGAAGCCUGUUGGAAAUGUCCCAAGUCUUGGAUCCCCCUUUGUUUUAAUGAAUCAGAAAUUGCCUGUCAGGAAGAUUCUCAGGUUAUGUGAAUACUGGUGAAUUGAGUGACACUGCUUAAGGCAAAUGAUUCUCGACUUUGGUUGCAUGUUCGGUACUCUUGCUAACCUGAGGAGCUCUUGCUAUCUCGUUCCCACCAUCAGAGACCUAGAUAUAAUGUUCCCUGAAUCAAAGAGAUGCAGAUAUAGUAUUUCCCUGAAUGGAAUGAGUUUUUAACAGCUCUUCCAGCCACUUGUGAUGUACAGUGAUGUACCUAAGAAAGAAAGAUUGGACCUUGUAUUUUCAGAAAUAUCUGCCUUCCAUAAGGUAGGUGUUCUCAGGCUUUGGUGAGCAUGCGAAUCACCUGGAGGGCUUUUGAUGACACAGAUUUGGGCUCCAGCCUCCAAUGUUUGUGACUCAGUCAUUCUGGGGUCCCUAGUUUCAUUUUUCUCAAGUUACUACUCGAUGCUGGUGUGGGGAGUGCCCUUGGAGAAGCGGUGUUUCAGAGUGUAUGAUGAUUUUGGAUAGUUUGCAGUUAACAACCAUCUCCCAUAAGAGAAGCAUGAAAGAUGCAGUCUCGGGCUUCCUAGAUUUUGUUGCUUCCCCACUACCAUGUCAUAUUUUUAUCUUUCCUUUUUUGUUUGGUAUUUUCUUUGUAAUUUCUACAUCCUUAGCAUUCACUUGAAAUUAAGACACACAUGAAAAUUAAAAUAAUUUUAAUAUGUUACAUUUCCAUGUGCAAAUGCUCAGACAUAGCUCUAUCUGAAGUGAUAAAAAGUAGGUAGAGGUUUGCAUCACCUCCUCAAUGUUCCUGAGAGUCAUGAUUUUAAGAGUAUUUGUCAAGGAAAAGCUAUGUCGGAGGCUACAAAUAGGAAAGGAAUGUCUUUGCUGUCCUAACUGCAGUUCUGGAGACACGGUUUCCUAUAGCCUUAAACAAUUGUUCCAGGGAAAUGAAAAAGUCUGGAGCUUAUAAAGACAAGCAGCCAUGAGGUUAAAAGUUGCCUGGGUAGGAGUUCU